UGUGUGUGUCAGUAGUGUGUGUGCAGUGUGUGUGCAGUGUGUGUGCAGUCCGGACUUUAACUUCAGAUUAAACUAAUGCUCAGGCUGUGGUGAGUUCACGGCCCCUCUCCAGCAGCGGGGACAUGGCUCCGUUGCGUUCAAAGCUCUCCGUGUUGUUGUUCCUGGUUGCUUUGACAGCUCAUGUGACUGAAGCUGCAGUGAGAUCGAAACUAAGCGAAGAUGAGUCCAAAGACACCACGGUCGAUUUAAGAUCCAGGAAAAAAACCUCCGGAGCAGCAGGGCCGGAGCCUGGAGACACCGCGGCCGCGUUCACUGCCCCAACUCUGGAUGGAGAGUUCUCCUACAAGCCGGGCACCCUGCGGGGACCUCUCAUCAUCCACGCCUUCACCAACAAGUCAGGCUUCCUGGAGUGCAUGUGGAGCUCCGAGUCGUCUCUGACCAGCCUGGUGCAGGACCUGCCCGACAGCACCCAGGUCCUGUUUCUGUCCCUGGACGACUCUGCGGUCAGUGAUGCUCUGUGGAUGCGGGACCAGGUGCACAGGGUCGCCGUGCAGCACAGUAAGAAGGAGGUCCUGUCCAGGCUGCACUUCUCUGCUCUGCCUGUCUUCGCUCUGGGUAACUGGAUACCGAGUGUGUUUUACAGCUGGGGCUGCAUGUCUCAUAACUGUCUGCUUGCCCAGGCUGUUUUCACCUCACAGGGGUGGAGGGUGCCUAUAGUUAUCAAGAGACUAGAUGCCAGGUAUGAUUGGCUCAUGGGACACUGGACUCAGAGUUUGUAUGAGCUGAGGGACGCAGGCGACGGGUGUGAUCCUUCGCCCUCGGUGUCGGGUGCUGUGGCCUGGGUGUCUGAGGGCAACUGCUCUUUCUUCACUAAGGUGCAGAACAUGGCCAAAUCCGGCGCCUCCGGUGUCCUUGUCUACGCUCUUCCGGGUAACCCGAUCCAGGAUAUGAACUGUGUCGGAGAUGAGUGUAUAACGGCGCUGGGCAUCCCCGCUGCCAUGGUGCACCUGGAGGUCUCGGUCGCUCAGGGACUACAGUCUGGACAGCCGGUCUUUGUGUCCUUCCAGAACACCCCGUCCCCAUACUACUUCUUCAGCAUUGACCAACAGGGUUUGCUGGCUGAGAUGGGCUGGUUUCUUUACCCCUCGUUCAGCUUCCUUAACUGGCAGGCACAGUGGUUUGAUUUCAAUGCCGACCUGCUGACCAAACUUCAAAGUUCUGCAAAGGUUGUUCCUGUUUUUGACAAAGUGCAAAUGCAGGGGGAGAAAGGAGCGGUGGCAACAGUCGACAUGCCGCCAGGCUUGUCGGACUUUAACGUGCUGGAGCUCGAUUCGUCCCUGUCCUGUCCGGAGAAGAGAGACUCGUCCUGCGCUCAGUGGGAUCACACGGUGCAGCUGUUCAUCUGCUGCGAUCAUCGUGGCCCGUACUGCAACAUGGAGCUGGGCCGAUGGAUCACUGCCUUUCGCAGAGGUAUUGGGCACUGGCUGACAGACGUGUCCCCUCUACUCCCACUGCUGGACGGCAACAGAUGCACCUUGACCAUGAAGACGGUGCCGUGGGCGAUGCCGUGGAUCGUCUCCCUCAACCUGAGAUUCAGUGUCAGCAAUCAGACAGGUUACAUCACAGGUAACGAUGAAGAGGAGCUCCACCCCUUCAGAGUGAUGCCGCUGUACAGCGGAGGAACCUUCGACAAAAACUACAACAAGAAGUACCAGCCGAUCAAAUUCUCCGUGCCGGCAUCAGCCAAGAAGGUGGAGCUGUACGCCGUCAUCACAGGCCACGGCAGCGACGACAACAACUGUGGAGAGUUCUGUGUCACCUCUCAUCACUUCCUGCUCAACGGUGUUUUUAACAACACCCUCAGAUUCGAUAUGGCAGGAACAGCUCUGGGCUGCACCACGCGGGUCAAAGAGGGCGCGGUACCAAACGAACACGGCACGUGGCUGUACGGGCGAGGAGGCUGGUGCGACGGACUACAGGUCAACCCCUGGAGGGUUGAUGUCACCAAACAGCUGGACUUAAGCGGGUCUGAAUCCGACACUGUCGUCUACUUCGGCUUGUUCAACGGGCAGGAUCCUAAUCCGAGCAGGGAUCCCGGAUCCAUCAUCAUGUCUUCUUUUCUUGUCUUUUACAAAUGAUGCCACCCUUGUAGCACUCUCAUCAUUUGAAUGUCGAUGUGAUGAUGAAUGUAACUGAAUGUACCAAUCAAGGCGAAGAUUAAACUUCUAUUUUCCUACUGA